GCAGCAUCGUAAGGAUGAAGGAUAAGGGAGACCUGAAGCGGGCUCGCAGUAAACUUGUGGAAAUACUGAGUGUCCAUAAGGCGGACUUAUAUGAUAAAAGGAUUCAGGAAUUAUUGCAGAAAUCUUGCCUUGAACAUGAAGGAUUUGAAAAGUGGAUGAAGUGGUUGAAAUUAGUUUUGCUGAUUAUUUUUCUGUACCUCAUUGGGAAAUACUAUUACGAGGAACUUCAGGGAAAGAAUUGUGUUUUUUCUCUGCCACGCACCUUGCGUUAUGCCUUCCGACCGCCCGAGAGUUGUGAUUUUUGUGAAAAUAUUAAAAAUGUGCCCCGCCUACAAAACAUAAGCCCCCAAGAGUUUGAGCAAAAAUUCGCCUAUAGUGCUGCCCCGGUUAUUGUCAGUGAUGCCACCCAAAACUGGACAGCAGUUUCGCUCUUCAACUAUUGGUACUUUCGUGAUGUCUAUGCCAAGGCCAAGCAAAAGCAGCAUAUAAGGGAAUGCCAGUUUCUGCCAUACAAAACAGGAUUCCAGGACAUAUAUGAAGCCUUAGAUAUGCCCGAGGAUCGGGUGAAUCUGAGGCCGGGUGAGCAGCCCUGGUAUUUUGGCUGGAGCAAUUGUCAUGCCGAAACGGCUGAGGAAUUCCGCCGACACUAUGGAAGACCCUACUUUCUGCCCGAAAGUUCGGAGAAUAAUGCAGUCGAUUGGUUCUUCAUAGGCAGUUCCGGGCUGGGAGCGCAAAUGCAUAUUGACAACGUGAGACUGCCGUCGUGGCAGGCGCAGUUGGCGGGCAGCAAACGUUGGCUACUGGUUCCACCGCCCGAGUGCUACCUGCAGUGCAAGAGCUUCGAUGUGGUUGUCCAGCAGGGCGAUAUAAUUGUGCUGGACACAAACAAAUGGUACCACCAGACCUUUGUGCAGCCGGGAGCCAUCAGUCUGACCAUUGGAGCGGAAUACGACUAAAUUGGACCGGCUGCCAGUGGGUUUUC